CACCGCCAUCUUGUGAGAUCCUGUGACAGUUUCAAAGUUUUGUGAGCGGUGAAUUGUACUUUUUUCGAAUCCAAAAUGGGGAAUAAAGGCAUGGAAGACCUUAUCCCCGUUAUGAACAAAAUUCAAGAUGCAUUCUCUCAUAUUGGGCAGCCAUCAAGCAUAGAUCUGCCUCAGAUCGCCGUGGUUGGAAGUCAAAGCGCCGGAAAGAGUAGUGUUUUGGAAAACUUUGUGGGAAGAGAUUUUCUGCCGAGAGGAUCGGGAAUCGUAACCAGGAGACCACUUAUACUCCAGCUUCAUCCAGCCAAGUCAGAGUGGGCAGAGUUUCUUCACUGCAAGGGAAAAAAAUUUGUUGAUUUUGAAGAAGUAAGGAAAGAGAUUGUUGCAGAGACUGACAGAGAAACUGGCAGCAAUAAAGGAAUCUCAGCUAUUCCAAUUAACUUGCGCGUGUUUUCUCCUCAUGUUCUGAAUUUGACAUUGGUAGAUCUUCCUGGCAUGACGAAAGUUCCUGUUGGUGACCAACCUCCUGAUAUUGAAAUCCUGAUACGGAGUAUGUUGUUACAGUUCAUUACCAAGCCAAACUGUUUAGUGCUGGCAGUGUCACCUGCAAACUCGGAUCUUGCCAACUCUGAUGCACUGAAGAUUGCUAAGGAGGUUGAUCCUGAGGGAGUACGAACAAUUGGAGUGAUAACAAAAUUAGAUCUUAUGGAUGAAGGAACAGAUGCUAGAGAGAUCCUAGAGAACAGAGUCCUUCCCUUGAGAAGAGGUUACAUAGGUGUGGUAAAUAGAAGCCAAGCUGACAUCGAUGGAAGAAAGGAUAUCAAGUCAGCCCUGGCCUCUGAACGGAAAUUCUUCCUUAGCCAUCCUGGUUAUAGACACAUGGCAGACAAAAUGGGAACUUCAUAUUUACAAAGGGUUCUUAACCAGCAAUUGACCAAUCAUAUCAGGGAAACCUUACCAGCCCUUCGAAGUAAAUUGGAAGAGAACAUCAUGGAAAUUGAGAAAGAAGUCAAAGGCUUUGAAAACUAUAAUCCAGAUGACCCUUCCAUGAAGACUAAAGCCCUUAUGCAGAUGAUUCAGCAGUUCAAUUCAGACUUUGAGAAAGCCAUUGAGGGUUCUGGAGAUACAAUUGACACUAAGGAGCUGUCAGGUGGAGCUAAGAUAAACCGGAUAUUUCAUGAGAGAUUUCCUUAUGAGUUAGUCAAGGUGGAAUUUGAUGAGAAGCAGCUCAGGAAAGAAAUUAUGUUUGCCAUCAAGAACAUUCAUGGUAUCAGGGUUGGUCUCUUCACACCUGAUAUGGCCUUCGAAGCAAUAGUAAAACGUCAGAUUGAGAAACUUAGAAACCCAGCGGUGAAGUGUGUGGACAUGGUUAUGUCAGAAUUAACUAAUGUCAUCAAGAAAUGUUCAAGCCAGAUGGACAAAUACCCUCUGCUUAGGGAUCAGGUGGAGAAAAUUGUUGUUCAACAUGGAAGGAAAGGAGAGGUUAAAUCCAAGGAUCAGGUUAAAACGUUUAUUGACAUGGAACUCGCUUAUAUCAACACAAAUCAUCCUGAUUUUAUUGGAUAUGCAGAGGCAUCAAGUAGUACCAACCCUGGAGAAAGAAAAGUAAAGAGAACUGUGUCAAACCAGGUGAUUAGGAAAGGGUGGCUGACAAUAAGCAAUGCUGGGUUUAUGAAGGGAAUGAACAAAGAGUACUGGUUUGUACUCACAGCCGAAGCUCUUUCAUGGUAUAAGGAUGAAGAGGAGAAGGAGCAGAAGUAUCAGUUGAGGUUGGACGGUGUGCGCUUGCGUGACGCAGAGGCAGGUUUCAUAUCCAGAAAGGCUGCUUUUGCUAUCUUCAAUCCUGAUCAGAAAAACUUAUUUAAAGACUACAAGUCGCUGGAGCUGGCGGGGGAAAACCAAGAUUCAGUAGACAGCUGGAAAGCCUCGUUCUUACGUGCGGGGGUUUACCCUGAGAGGGAAGCAUCAGAAGAAAAGAGCCUGCAAGGUGAAAUUGGCACCCUUGAUCCGCAGAUGGAGCGUCAAGUGGAAACCAUAAGAAACUUGGCGGAUUCUUACAUAAAGAUCGUCAGCAAGACCGUUCGAGAUCUCGUCCCUAAAACUGUCAUGUUCUUUGUGAUAAACAAUGUGAAGGAUUUCAUUGGUCAGGAAUUGUUAGCGCAUUUGUAUUCUAGUGGAAAUCAGAAUGACUUGAUGAAGGAAAGCGACGCCGAGGUUGCUCGCCGAGAGGAGAUGUUACGCAUGUUUCACAGCUUAAAGGAAGCUCUUCGGAUUAUUGGUGACAUAGACGCAUCCACAGUCAGCACAGCCCUCCCACCGCCUGUUGACACAGGAAACCUGGACCUGACUGAUUCAUACAAGCCGCCAAGGGGGGCUAGACAACCUCCUGCACCUCGACCGACCUCAACUCACGGCUCAAAUCACGCCCCGCCAUCUCGCCCGUCCCGUCCCGUACCGGGCGUACCAUCCCGACCAGAUAGUGCGCCUUCGGUACCCAAGAGACCCAACGCACCUGGCAAACCUGCCCCUCCACCGCCGGUACCCGGUCGCCCUCCUGUGCCAUCAAGACCUUAAGUAGUAAUCACGGCAACGUAGGAUCCAAAUGUCACACCAAACGUUUCAUUCGUACCAUUAUAUGAAUUAGUCGUAUUAAAAUCUUCCAAAACAUAUGGGAAAAUAUAAUAACCUUUUGAUGAAUAGUUAGCUUCAAAGUAUGUUCGACGAAGCUAUGUACUGUAGUACGAUUAGUAAUCCAGUGAUGAAUUUCUAAGCUGUCACUUCUAAUCAAGAAUAGUACUUACUAGGCAUAUAUUAGAAUCUUAGGAUAGCCCACUGACGAAUAGGUAUACUAACAAUCUGAUUGGCUACACAGGGGCUAUGUAUUUAAGUAUUAUUAUACGAGCGCGCGUUGGAUAUGAGAUGGUAGAUAGCCAACGAGGCGCAUGGCGCUGAUUUGGCUAUAAACAUCUCAUAUCCAACAAGCGCGAGUGAAAUGAAUGUUUUAUUAAAAACACCCCAAAAUAUAGAAAACUAAAA